AUGAAUGACCGUCGAAGAAUCAAUGGCCCGCCAGGGGGUACCCGGCCAGCGGUCUUCGCAUCGCAUCUCGAAUCAAGCAGUGCGGCCGAUCGAGCCCGCCGCGAGCGCCAACCAACCGAGCUCCGGAAAAUCUUCUUAAAGACGGGUCUGAUCCCCUCUGCUUCUGGCUCUUCAUAUCUCGAAUUUCAACCCUCUGCCUCUCUUGCCGCCGCACGCUCAGACCCCAAAUCUUUGAUCCCGCCUUCCUCAGCUUUGAAACUAGCCUGCACAGUCCACGGCCCGAAACCAUUGCCUAGAUCUGCAGCCUUUUCUCCCAAUCUUGUUCUUACUACACAUGUCAAGUAUGCGCCCUUUGCGGCUCGCAAGAGGAAGGGGCAUAUCCGUGAUGCAAGCGAGCGGGAUCUCGGCGUCCAUCUGGAAACUGCUUUGCGAGGAGCGAUCAUUGCAGAGCGCUGGCCCAAAUCUGGUAUUGAUCUGACCAUUACUAUCCUGGAGGCUGAGGACGAUCGGUGGUGGGCGGAUGCUCCAGACUCGCACGAUGCCUCGUGGGGCAUGAUGAAUGUUCUUGCGGGUUGUAUUACUGCGGCAUCGGCUGCCAUUGCCGAUGCUCACAUUGACUGCUUGGACCUUGUUGCCGGUGGUGUGGCUGCGCUUGUCUCAGAUGACUCUGCCGAUUCGUCUACUCCCAGGCUUAUGCUUGAUACCGAUCCGGCCGAACAUCGCUCUAUCAUGUCCGCGUGUGUGGUAGCUUACAUGCCUGCCCGUGAUGAAAUCACUGAGCUUUGGCUCAAGGGAGACAGCUCAAAGGCUGCAUUGGAAAAUGGAGAUGAGAGAACUGCACAUGAAGCCUUAAUAGACGGUGCUGUUGAUGCGGCGAGAGGUGCACACUCUGUCCUUGGUGAUGCUCUUCGGGAAUCUGUGUUGCAGACAAUCCAGUCUUAA